AUGAUCCUCCAACGAAUCCUUUUCGUCUGCAUUCUUUUAACUUGGAUUGGACUUUCUCUUGCAUUGUCCAUCCACAAGCCAAAACUUGUCUCCACCCUUUCCAAAACCUCACAAAAAGAACAAUUCCUCAUCACAACAUACUUUGAUUACUUUAAUUGCAAAAGUAUGGACUAUUUGAAAUCAAUAACCAUUGAGCCAGUCACCUCAAGCAAUAAAUUUUACUGUCAAAACACCCAAUGUUACACCACCAGUCAUUGGGAUAUAACCAUGAAUUAUAGAUGUGUCUAUUCUGAAUUGAGUGAUCUCUUCAAGAACUAUUCCAUGCCACUUGCAAUCGAAUAUCAAUACGAUACUGAAAAUGGAGGCAACACAUGCAAAGAUGAUUUAUUGCAAGAAAUUACAGCCUAUCCAGCAGCAGAUUGUAUUGAGAGAAAUCACAUUCCAAUCACUUAUGAAUGUAAGAAUGGUUAUUAUAUUGAAACUCUUUACAAUGCAUCAACCCCAACUACUGAACCAUGUCAAUCUAAUAAUAUUAUUAAGCAAACAAAGAUUCCAAUCAAUACUUGCACCACUGAUGGUUACAUGUAUAAUUGUAAUCAAUAA